GACAGAGGAAGACGGGCUCAGUUUGCUUCGGUGUGUCGUCUCAGUCGGUUCGUCGCUGCUCAACGAGGAACCAAGUUUGAAGAAAGAACCCGUCGCCUGUUGAGUUGUUUGUUGUUGUUGGGUUUUUUUCUUUUUGGUGGGAAGCCAGUUUGGGAUGGCGCUCCAGACGUGGAUCUCUGGCCUGCUGGUCCUCGCCGCUGUGGUUCCUUCAGCAGAAGCUUUGAACAUGUACGACCCUCAGCUGUGUUACAUCCUGGACGGCUUCCUCGGUCUGUACGGACUCAUCAUCACCGGCAUGUUCAUCAAGGAGAAGUUCUUCAGAACCAAAUCGAAGGUAGCAGAGGACAGCAUCUACUCUGAUCUGCAGGGUCAGGACAACGCUCCGUACGCUCCGCUGAUGCCCAACAGAGAUCCUGAGAGAGGAAGAAACCGUAAAGCAGCAGACGAUAACGCCACCUACACGGAUCUGAACCAAAAACGUACAGAAAGCAGCUACAAGGAACUUCCUGCCAGGAAAGAGCGUCAGAGGAAGAACGAGCAGGUGUACCAGGGUCUGAGUUCGGCCACCAGAGACACCUACGACUCGCUCCAGAUGCAGCAGCUUCCUGCUCGCAACUAAACAACACCAACAAACAUCCGAUUUUGGAGCAAUUUGGCUUUUUAUUGGUUGCUACGGCGACAGUUUGAUCGUCUGUUUUAGAUUUCGUAGGUUUUUGUCUUCGAUGAUUCGUCGAGAUCUGAACGCAGUCUAGUCGAACUGUUGUUAGAUAGUCUGUUUUAUUACGUAGAUUCUUAUUUGGAGGGGUUUUUUUUGUAAAUGUUAAAUAUGACAUCAUAACGCUGACAUGUGAAGAGUUCGUGUUUCUAAACAUUUUUAUCGUCCAGUUUAACAAAAGACAAAACAAGUUUAUUUUUAGAGCAUCUUUCAAACACAGAAAAAUAAAAAAGCAAUUAACAGAAUUACAGAAAAGUUCAGUUACAGUGCAGAAGAUAAAUAACAGGAACAAAAGAGACAAAUCUAAUAAGCUGAAUGAGCUUCAUGAGUUCAAUUACAGAAAAUACUUAAACCUGCAUUAAGAUCUUGAGCCUCUCUGAACGUUGUCAUCCAGAAUCAAACAGCAGCGACGUCGAUCUCAUACCGAAGAGUCUCGUUUCAACACGUUCACCUCAAACGAGACCUCGUGAUGUCAUACGUGUCUCAAACGUGUUGUUGUUGUUUUUUAACCUGCAGCAUUGAAACUUACACAAGCCUCCAAAAUCCUGACAAGAAAUAUUAUUUUUAUCCCCGUGUGUAAGAACAAGAUUCAAGAUUCAAGAUUCAGAAGCACAACAACAACUUUUAAUAACUUGAAUGAAGAAGAUAAUGACUCAUGAGGAUGUUUAGUGUUAAAGUUAAACGUGUCGUAUCAACAUUUAUGAACUUUAAAGGUGCAGUGUGGAAGCUUUAGUGGAAGAGACUCAUGAGGAUGUUUUAAUGAGUUUAUAAUCAGUCUUAUUUAGUUUAAUAUAGUCUUAUUUGUACAUGUGUGUCAAGAUCCUGUUUAUACAAGAUUUGGGAAAAAGCUGCAAAGUUAAAAAAACUUUCAUAAGAAGAUAAAACAAUAAUUUUAAGGCUUCUGAAGCUUUGUAGAAACUUUUAUCUAUUAAAAUCUGAAUAAUAGCAUCACUGAGUUAACUUCUUGUAUUCAUUAUGAGCUCUUUCUUUAACUGCAGUAGCAACGUUUGACCACCAGAUGGCGCCACUUUGACUGUAUUCAAUGCUGGCAGUGUUUUUAUAGUUAGAUGUAAAAUAACUGCUCAGUGUGUUUGUUGUGUAAAUAUAAAUCUGCUUUAAAGAUGAAACAUGCUUCAUUUAAUCUGAGUAAAAUCUGGAGACAAACAACUUAAAGCUGCAUUAUAUAUUUAAAUAUAUUAAAAAUAAGAUAAUAUUUUAUAGUAAGAUUGAAAAACGUUAUAGUUGCUUCAAAAAGUAAUUUAACAAAAAAGCAAAAAAGAGCUGUUUCCAUUUCAAAUCUCCUCUCUUAUGUUUUAUAUUACAUUAGUUUGUAGAACAUUAUUAUCAUUAAAAAUAUUUUCUGAAAACUACUGAAAUAGAAAUAUUCAGUUGGCCUGAUAUUUUCCUGAGAAUGUGUGCGUUAAUGUUUUAGCUUUGUUGUUGUUUGCUCUGUAAAAGCUUCUCUGAGCUCAAAUGUGACAUGAAAUGUUUUAUAAAAAUGUUUUAAUAAAAGUUAAAGCAGCU